AUGGUUCCACUAUUCUCCAUUUCUUGGCGGCCGACGCACGCGUGUCAGCAAUGAGACGCGUGUUGGAAAAAACCAACAAGAAGAUUAACACGCAAGACAGAAUUGGACGCACACCACUACAUGACUGUCUACUGAGGAGGCUGACGCACGAGCAACACAAGGAAGUCGCAAUUCUCAAUAUCACCUUUGGCGCAUCGGUGACAAUAAAAGAUAAUUUUGGAAGGACGCCUCUUGAUUUGUAUGAUGAAAACGAAUGUAAAGGAUACGAAGAAACCACGAGAAGUGAACAGAAACCAGAUUUAAAAGAAUUACUUGAAAAACUAUCAACUCCAUCAGAGAUUUUAGCCAGGGGUCCCGAUGCCGUCAAAGCAUUCAAAGAUGCACUUAAAAAUGGUGAAAUAACAGUUGUUAAUUCAAGACUGAUGUUUCUUGGUCAAGAGGGUUCCGGGAAAACCUCUUGUGUUAAAGCCAUGCUGGGAAAAGUAUUUGAUAAGGAAGAGCCCUCAACCGAUGGUAUUGUUACAACUAAAACUGUUUUUCAAACUGUCGGUGAGGAUUGCAGCAUAUGGGAGGAGCAGAAAGAUGUAGACGAGAUUGAACGAACUAAACAGAUACGCGAACACGCUAUAGCUACGAAUGUAGCAAAGACGUUCAAUUUCACUGCUUCUACGUCCUCAUCUGAUCGUGGAAGGAUAGCAUUUCCAUCUACGUCCGCAUCUCCUCUCGAAGGAACAUCAGCUGCAUCUGUAUCAGAAAUUGAUCCCAGAAAAAAGUCAUCUUUAUCCCCUGUGUUUAUCAGACGGUUUAAAGGCAAAAGUGUAUCUGAGGACACUGGAGUAUCCACCAAUGGAAAAGGUGUGUCUCAGGACACAGCAGUAUCCACCAGUGGAAAAGGUGUAUCUCAGGACACAGGAGUAUCCACCCGUGCAAAAGGUGUAUCUCAGGACACUGAAGUAUCGACUUAUCAACUACAUGAAAUGCGUAAGAAAGUCAUUGACAAACUUGCAAACAAGAGUUCUGGGCCGAGUGACGUAACUUGUAUAUGGGACUAUGCCGGUCAACUUGAAUAUUAUAUUACUCACCGGUUUUUUCUUACAGAUGGGUCAUCUUAUGGAGUUGUAUUCAGUUUGCUAGACGCUUUGGAUGAAUUAGCAAAGCCAAGAGAUCCCCAAAAAGAAUUUCUUGAGAUGACAAAUCUGCAAUCGAUCUUAUUUUGGAUAAGGUCAAUAUUUGAACACGCUGUACUGCUACAUGGCUCUGAAUCAAAGAAUUUGAUCAAUGGAAUGAUAGCAUCACCGACGAUUAGUCUAAUUGGGACGCACAUGGAUCUGCUACCGGGAAGUGAUGCUGAGAAGCAGGCUAAGGCUCCAGUGAUGGUAAAAUAUUGGCGUAAAUUAAAUAAAGGAGGAAUUCUCGAAGAACCGUUAGCACGGCAUUUGUGGAGAAAUGAACUCGAAAGCAGUGAAGAUGAUGACGACGUCGUUUUUAAAGACUUCAUUGAACUUAUGAAGGAAUUUGGACUUCUCUUUGAAAAGUUCAAGAAAGCAGAAUCAGAAGAUGGCGCUCGACUAUUUGUUGUUCCAUCUCGAAUGAAGACCAAAAAUGAUGAUAGAUUGGAAGUAAAGGAAGAUGAUAAGCAGACAGUAUCCAUCUAUGUGACACCUAAAGACUUUCUCCCCGACGCCGUCUACGAUAUCUUGGUCGUCAGAUUUGUGAGUUUGAGUCAAGAGAAUGGUUAUUGUGAUGACCCAGAAUUGUUUCAAAAUCAGGCUAAAAUUAUAUUCGAUGAUAAGCAUUACCUAAGACUAGGUCGAAUAUCGAUUGAUAAUAAACGUUCUUUAAAGCUUGAAAUAUCACGGAUGAAAACCGUAGACGCAGACGGGACAAUCAAGCCAGCACACAAGCCACAUCCUGACAUCUGUAAGGAGGUUUUGCAGGUUUUAAAGCAACACCUAGGUGAGGUAUAUCCGUCUAAGAGAGUUGUCGGCUAUGCUCUGAAAAUCCUUUGCUUAGUCUGUUCAAACACUGAGGAACCACACUUUCAAGAACUUGAGUACUGCUUAAAGAACGAGAAUGUGAAUUGUGAUAAAACAGGUGAACUUAUAACGAUGCCGGCAGCUAAUGUAAAGAAGCUAUUUGCAGCUGGUAUUCUACAUCAAUCCUCGGUUAUGGACACGGUUUAUCAAUCCUCGGCUACUGCUACGCCUCAUCAAUCCUCGGCUACGCAUACGUCUCAUAGGCCUGCAUGCUCAGAUAAGGAAUUCAUAAAGCUUAAAACAGUUGUCUCAAAGUGGUAUGACCGCCACAAAUGUCUCCCAAUGCUCAAAGUGUUGUUCAGAGAUGUGGUGGACAAUCACCAGCUAUCACCUAAAAGUCGCACGAUGGAUUUGCUGAAUAUAUUAUUUGCACGUGGUCAUCUGAGUUCACAGAAUCUUGGACUCUUGUGUGAUACUAUUAGCAUUACCAAACAGUUGGGUCUUUUAUCGGAGAUUAAACAAAAACUGCCAUCAUUCCCAGAUGUGGAGGAAGGAACCAUUUCAACAAAAUUUACACCUCACAGGCAAAAGUUAGUGAAAUUUGGAAUGGUACUGACCCCAGCCGAUGUGAAGCAGAUCGAUGGAAUAUACAAUACGCCUUGUAAGGAGUAUACAGAUGGCUGGAGUAUGAUCAGUGAUCUAGAAAACAGACUAAUAAUCAGUGAAGGAAAUAUGAAGGAAUUCACUGAUAAUAUGAAAUUUCUCAAUAUUCUUUUGGCAUUAAACGCAUUAACAGAAGGUAUUUCUUCAUCCUGUUCUUUAAUUUAUUUAAUAAAGUUGUGCGGGUAAAGACAGUGGCGGAUUCAGGGGGAGAGAGACAGCCGACUCCAACCCCCUCCCUUCUCCAAAUUGAUCAACGUUUUAAAAAAUGGAAAGAAAAUUAUACUCAAAUUUUAAGUCUGAAAGUGCAAUUUCCGGCCAUCUAGAGCUGCCAUAAAGAUCC